AUGGAUGACGUUGGGCAGGGGCAUGUGGUUGACGCCAGUCUGGCGUUUCUGCAGAAGCUCGAAGAUGACAUGCGAGCUCUGAACGAGAGUCAACUCGAUUCAUCCGACAGCAGCACCCUGGACUCCCCGGGCGGGGCCAGAAAACGAAGGCGACUGGAGAGUUCAAGCGAAAAUGAGGCUUCAAAGAGGACCAGGACCGCCUCUGCUGGCCAGGACAGUGUUGUUUUUGGCCCUGCAGAGCCUCCCCGUCGCGACAGGUCGCGGCAGCUCCCAGCGGAGCUUUGGCACCGUGUCUUUUCUUUUCUCCCUCCUAACACUCUUGGGCGCUUGCUGCGUGUCAACCAGUUAUUUCACAAAUACCUUGACCCUGCGUCCCCCUUCAUCAUCUCUACUGUGACCCACGUGCCUACAACUCGUAUAUUGCCUACACUGUCCCCGGACGCUAUAUGGCGGGCAUCAAGAUGUCUUCACUGGCCAACUAUGCCCGCACCGCUCAAGGGGAAGUUCGAAUUGGAUAUGUGGCGAUUUGCCUGUACCCGGUCCUGUCAACUCUGUGGCCUGCUGGAUACAAACUAUACUACCCCGGAGGAUUCCUUACGCCGCUGCGGACCUGGCAAUACCACUGUAUCACCGAUAUUUUCUUUCUUCGUCAAUUCGUGCGGGAAUUGUUUGACUGAAACAAGCGUCCAGGAAGUCGACUUGCUAUUAUCAACAUCCAGCCCUUCGUUCAUCUCACCAGGACUCCCCAUGGUCUUUCUGACGCCUGACGCGAAUGUAAUCUCCCCUCAAGCAAUGCGGAGCACCCCAGUACCUCCUACUGUCCGGUUGACAAAAGUAUACUGGCCUGCCCAAGUGGACAGACUUCAAGAAGAACUUAAAGAAGUCAAGCGAUUUGGCAUUGCAGCCACUGAGGAGUGGAUAAAGGGCUUGGACGUCCGAGGUACUGAAGCAGUUCGUGACACUUCCCGGUGGGAUAAGUGGUUCCAAAUGGGAGGAGUCCGCCAAAUGCGCAUAUAUUCAAGCCAGCCAAGACCUACUGCUAACAAAGCGGAGCGGGUAGAGAGAAAGGGCCCAGACACCACUAAACCCCUCCAGAAGCCACGGCAGGAUAUUGAGACAGCUGUCCGGCUUCAUGUCUCCAGUCUGGCAGACGAGGUCAUAAGCCAGUGGCUUAAGGGGCACAGCAUUAAGGGAAACUGUGCAGACUUCGUGACAGAAGUGUUGACCUACGUCCGCACGCAGUUCUAUAAAGGCGCCGUUUUCUUGACUCGAAGGUUGACUCUAGACGACAUGAGAUGGAUAUUUGAGCAGAAAAUUGGACCGCACACCAACUGUCUCCAGCAGGACUUCCUUUUUUGCAGAGAAUGCCCCAAAUCCUCCAAGAGCAAGAGUUACGGAUUCCAGGCUGUCAUGCAACACUACGCUAUGAAACACGGCUCCAAGAAGAUGAAGGCUAUGAUAUGGAGAGCAGAAUGGCCUGAAGUGCCCCCUUUUAGAGCGGAAGAGAAAGCAGCAGCCGACAUGGCGCCCGCACAAAUAAUGCAUCCUUACUCGGAUAAAGAGCUUGUCUACUCUGGAUCACAUAGGACGGAUGAGCAGCCAAGAUUUGAGAGCCGCGAAGCACUGGACAGGAUGACAACACAAUAUAUCGUCAGAGAACCUGGUGAGUGGAAUCCAACCUGGGGGCCAGCACAUCUCAGCUCAAGUGUCGGCUCAAGACAUCAUGAUGUGCCAGAGCCAAGGAGACACUUGGAAUCAUAUUACCUGCGCCGCGAGCAUGUCCCCCAUAUGAUAGAAGCACCGUAUCCAGUCAUGGAAUCCCAAAGAGAACGGAGGCUCGCAGAAGUCGAGACCAGACACACCAGUCGUCAAUCCUACGUCAGUGGUUACCGACAGCCGAUGCCUUCCACGGCCCUCUACCGGUCCUAUGACAUCUUUGACAUGCGGAGUUUACCGAACGACCGGUACAUGGAGCAAUCAACCAUUUUACACGACUAUCGAUUUCCCUCUAAUGCGAAUUAUUCCAACUAUACCAACAGGGAAUCGCACAAUAAUACUGCAUCCGCAUCACGGGUGUAUAGCGCUUAUGACUCACGCGGCCGUUGGCCAAUGUAA